UCAGCUUGAGAAAAUUUUUAUUCCUGACGGCGUUCUUAAUCUCAACGUUAGCAACCUUUGGGACAUUGCUGUCAUAGGUGAGCCCAUUUCAUAUUCUGAAUCUAAGCUGAAUGGAGAUAGUUACUUGGUCAGGUCCACUUCUGUUGAAGGCUCUGCAGAAUUUUGAACAUCCCAAAUACUGUGGUUUACCAUGCAUCGGUCUUUGCUCAUUGACGAGAUUCUUUCUCACAUCAUUCAGUUCGUUGCUGCCGACGGUCAGCGGGACCUGAAGCGCUUGGAAGAUACAAGCAGCCUUGCUAGGCUUGCUCGUACAUGCCGCUGCUUUAUGGAAUGUGCUCUUGACACCCUCUGGCGCACUCAACAUUCGUUAAGUCCUCUUAUCAUGUGCUUGCCAAAAGGGACUUGGGAGAUUCGCUCCAGUAAUAUACUCUAUCUCACGAGACCGCCUGCUGAAUCUGAGUGGGCACGAUUUGACGUGUAUUCACGUCGUGUGAAGAGUUUUUCAUACCCAAAGCAAACGAGAAUGAUCAGACUACACGAGGACGCGCUUCCACUCCUUUUUUCUGAACGCCCUCCCCAGUCUCUGUUCCCGUCACUUUCCUCGCUCGACUUCUCCAUCCUGUCAUGCAGCUCUUCCAACUUCACCUUAAUCCGAGACUUUCUCUCCCCAAAACUGACAAACCUCGCUUUCACUCUCCCUCGAAAGAUGUGCCCUCAGGACAUUUGCUGUGUAUUAAAAGACCUUACUCGGAAGGCUACCCAACUCGAAAACCUCGCAAUUUCAUCGUUCUUUCCAGUGGUGACAUUUGAAUUGAAUAUUUCGACCCAUGAACUGCCAGACUUACGUCGGUUGGUCGUCUCCAACUCUAUUCGUAUAUCUGCACAGAGCGUGCUGAAUAUCGCGUCACUUUGUCAUGUUCAAGAGCUUGCCUUGAAUCUUCACCCUGAUUUCGACGCCGACGUGCUACGCUAUAGGGCAAAUAAGAGGACCUUCCCCGCUCUCCAGCGUCUCAGCCUCGUGGCACACGACCUUUCCCAGUGUACAUCUAUCGUGUCGCUUAUAUCCUCGCCACAACUGGAAGAUGUUUCUGUCUCAUACGACGUCCAAGCACGAUCUUCCGUCAUUACUUCAUUCCUGAGUGCCAUCGGCACGUCGGUUCGAUCAAUUUCUCUCCGACACAACACGCAAACUCAUACAAUUGCCGACGCCCCAUUUAUUUUCGACCCUUCCACAUUUGCACCGCUGCUCGCUUGUCGCAAUCUCCGCACUAUCCAAGUAUACAAUCUUGGUACGCUUAAUUUAGACGAUGAGUUCAUCGUUUCAGUGGCUAAAGCCUGGAACAAACUCGAGGACAUUCGGCUCUGCAGCCUACCUUGGUCCUCCAUAAUCCCCAAUAUCAGUUUGAACGCCUUGACAGCGUUGACCCAAUACUGCCCACGGCUUACCCGCGUACACCUGUCCUUGAACGCAAGGGAAAUCCCUGAACUACCCACCAACAGGGCUGGUGCCCAGUCCUUGGAGGUGCUCAAUAUCCGAGAUUCGGUCAUCGACCACACUGAACUUGUCGCGCAUUUUUUGCGGGCGAUUAUACCGAAUAUGAGGACUUUGUAUGUUGAAGCGCACCCAGAACUAAGGGAUAAAUGGAUGGAAGUCAAGGCCUACUAUGACCGGCUGUCAGUGGUACCUAUGCAGAAUGGGUCAUAAACAGUCGCCCAUAGAACUAGUCACGGAUUAUUUUGGUAUAGAGCUCGUUCGUAUCAUUUAGAUUUGUGUGUUAUUUGUAACUUAACUUAGGUGGAGUAAAGUAAUACAUAGAUUUGUCGACUUCCCCCGAGGUUUGUCACUUCGCACUGAACGCUCUCC